AUGACAGUGAAAGUGAAGGCGGUGGCGACCGUGAAAGAGACGGCGGGUGGGUUCCUUGGGAUCGGCGGCGACGGUGUUUCAGACUUCUUUGGGAAAGGCCUCCGGUUGCAACUCGUCAGCGCCCAACUUCAUCCCGAGACGGGGUUAGAGAAACCGGUUAUCGAAUCACGUAUGAAGAGAGCAAGCAAAAAGAACGGGGAGGUGAAGUACGAGGCGGAGAUCGAAGUUCCUGACGAUUACGGAGAAGUUGGUGCAGUAAUUGUGGAGAACGAGCACGGUAAUGAGCGGUUGCUAAUCGAUAUCGUCCUCGAUGGGUUUGUCAAUGGUCCGGUCAACGUGGUUUGUGACUCUUGGGUCCAUCCCAAGUCUAAGGACUCCAAGAAUAGAGUUUUCUUCACUACCAAGUCAUACUUGCCGUCGGAGACACCGGCCGGACUGAUCAAGUAUCGGGAGGAAGAGCUGAAACUACUCCGAGGAAAUGGUGAGGGACAGCGCGAGAAAGGAGAACGGAUCUAUGAUUAUGACGUCUACGACGACCUCGGAAACCUUGACGGCAAUCCGGAUCUCGUCCGACCCGUCCUCGGCGGCAAAGACCGCCCCUAUCCUCGCCGGGUCCGCACCGGCCGUCCCCGACCAGAAUCCGGUACGUAUUUUACGCUUCUCUGGAUCAAGAACAUGCUGCCCCUCGCGACGGGAAACUCCGAUUUCUACGUGCCGCGCGACGAGGAGUUCUCGCAGUUGAAGAAGUCGGCGUUCUCUUCCGCCACGGUGUCUGGGGCGCUACGCGCGGUGGUCCCGACGGCGGAGACUUUCUUGAUCGAUUGGGAUUUAGGGUUUCCGCACUUGACCGCCAUUGAUUCGAUGUACGAUCAAGGCCUUAACCUCCGUCCUCGCACGGCGGAUUCCCCCUGGACGGAUAUCAUCCCCAGGCUGAUUAGGACCGUCGCUAAUAGCGCCGACGACUUUCUGCAGUUCGUGGUCCCUGAAUCAAUGAAGAGGGACAGAUUUUUCUGGUUGAAAGACGAGCAGUUUGGCAGGCAGACUCUUGCUGGUGUUAAUCCUUGUUCAAUAGAACUGGUGAAGCAAUGGCCAUUGAAGAGUAAGCUUGAUCCACAGAUCUAUGGUUCACCAGAAUCUGCAAUCACAACAAAGAUUGUUGAACAGCAAAUUAGAGGGUUCAUGACCUUUAAUGAUGCUAUGAAGCAAAAGAAGCUGUUCAUGUUAGAUUACCAUGACCUACUGCUACCCUUCGUUGGACCGGUGAGGCUGCUCAAAGGAACUACGCUGUAUGGAUCACGAGCAUUGUUCUUUCUCACUCCGGUAGGCACGUUGAAGCCGGUGGCAAUCGAGCUGGUCAGGCCACCCUCGAAGAAUGAUGGGAAGCCUCAGUGGAAGCAAGUGUUUACACCGGGGAACUGCUCUGCCACUGAGGAGUGGCUGUGGAAGCUGGCGAAAUCUCACUUCCUGGCUCAUGACUCUUGCUAUCAUGAGAUAGUCAGCCACUGGCUGAAAACACAUGCUUGCAUGGAGCCGUACAUCAUCGCCACAAACCGGCAGCUGAGCGCUAUGCACCCGAUUCACAGGCUAUUGUUGCCUCACUUCCGGUACACCAUGGAGAUCAACUCUCUGGCUCGCCAAACUCUGGUCAAUGCUGAUGGCAUCAUUGAAUUAGGCUUCUCCCCUCUCAAAUACUCCAUGCAGCUCAGCUCUGCAGAUUAUGACCAGAGAUGGCGGUUCGACUAUGAGGCUCUUCCCAAGGACUUGAUCAGGCGGGGAAUGGCCGUUGAGGACCCAUCAGCACCACACGGCCUGAAACUGACAAUCGAAGACUACCCAUACGCGAGCGACGGCCUGAUCCUAUGGGACGGCUUAAACCAAUGGGUCGCCGACUACGUCAACCACUACUACCCAAACCCAUCCCUCAUCAUCUCCGACGCAGAGCUCCAAUCCUGGUGGACCGAAAUUCGCACCGUCGGCCAUGCUGACAAGAAAGACGAGCCAUGGUGGCCAUCUCUCCGCACACCAUCCGACCUCAUCGAGAUAGUCACCACCAUGGCAUGGACAGCAUCAGCGCAACACGCCGCGGUGAACUUCGGGCAGUACACCUACGGCGGCUACAUCCCCAACAGGCCUUCGAUCGCCAGGACCAACAUGCCAACGGAGGAUCCCACCGAGGAAUCAUGGAAGCAGUUCAUCGAGGAGCCCGAGACGGUGCUCCUCGAGAUGUUCCCUUCCCAGCUCCAGGCCGCGGUGGUGAUGACGAUGCUGUCCCUGCUGUCGAACCACGCCGCGGACGAGGAGUACAUCGGGCAGGCGAUGGAGCCCUGCUGGGGCGACGACGCGACGAUCAAGGCCGCGUUCGAGAGGUUCAGCGGCAGGAUGAAGGCGCUGGAAGGGGUUGUUGACGCGAGGAAUGGGAAUGAGAAGCUGAGGAACAGGAAUGGUGCUGGGGUUCUGCCGUACGAGUUUCUGAAGCCGGUUUCCGAGCCUGGUGUUACUGGUAAAGGUGUGCCCUACAGUAUUUCCAUAUGAAUGUGACCAUCUCUCCAUUUUGCAGCUCCCCUGCAGAUUGCCCUGUGUAUGAUGAUCAAGGGAAACUACUGGUUUUGUUGGGUGGAU